AUGGCCGCCGUCACGCCGCCGCCGCAGUCGGACCUGUCGCCGCAGACGGGGCGCCCUGCCUCGUCCGCCGCCACCGCGGCCAAGCCAGGAAGGGGCGCAGCGGGUGCCACCGGGAGGCUGGUGGGGAAGUACAAGCUGGGGCGCCUCCUGGGGCACGGCACCUUCGCAAAGGUGUACCAGGCGCGGCACGUCGACACGGGGGAAAGUGUUGCCAUCAAGGUGCUUGACAAGGAGAAGGCCGUGGAGAGAGGGCUCGUCUCGCACAUCAAGCGCGAGAUCGCCGUGCUACGCCGCGUGCGCCACCCGAACAUCGUGCACCUGUUCGAGAUGAUGGCGACGAAGACGAAGAUCUACUUCGUUAUGGAGCUCGUCCGCGGCGGCGCGCUCUUCUCCCGCGUCUCUAAGGGCCGACUCCGAGAGGACACCGCGCGCCGCUACUUCCAGCAGCUCGUCUCCGCCGUCGGGUUUUGCCACGUCCGCGGUGUUUUCCACCGGGACCUCAAACCCGAGAACCUUCUCGUCGAUGAGCACGGGAAUCUCAAGGUGUCGGACUUUGGACUCUCCGCCGUCGCCGAUCAGUUCCAUCCCGACGGCCUGCUCCACACCUUAUGCGGCACGCCGGCCUAUCUGGCCCCUGAAGUGCUCGGCCGCCGCGGGUACGACGGCGCCAAGGCGGACGUUUGGUCGUGCGGUGUCAUCCUCUUUGUGCUCAUGGCCGGGUAUCUCCCUUUCCAUGACAAGAACAUCAUGGACAUGUACAGGAAGAUUUACAAGGGCGAGUUCCGGUGUGCGAGGUGGUUCUCCCAAGACCUUACCAGCUUGCUGACGCGCAUUCUUGACACUGACCCCAACACUCGGAUCACGUUGCCGGAGAUCAUGGAGUCCCGCUGGUUCAUGAAAGGAUUCAAGCCUGUCAAGUUCUAUAUCGAGGAUGACCAGCUGCAUAACAUUAUAGAUGAUGAGGAUGUCCCGUUGGAUAUGGGAUCUCCUGGUUCUGUUCCUCCACCAUUGCCGCCUUCACCGCCACCUCUACCUCCACCAAAGGUUGAUGGUGAUGAAUCAGGGUCGGACUCAGACUCUUCGAUCUCAUCCUGCCCUGCUUCAUUGUUAUCUGAUGAGAGCCAAAGGCCCCGCUGCUCACUCCCACGUCCAGCAAGUCUUAAUGCCUUCGAUAUCAUAUCAUUCUCAAGGGGAUUUAACUUAUCAAGGUUAUUUGAGGACAAAGGGGAUGAAGUGAGGUUCAUCUCGGUUGAGCCCAUGUCAGAUAUCACAACGACAUUGGAGGACAUAGCGAAGCUGAAGAGCUUCAAGAUGCGGAGGAAGGACUGGCGCAUCUGCCUCGAGAGUACAAGGGAAGGAGUUAAGGGACCAUUAACAAUUGCCGCAGAGAUAUUUGAACUCACACCUCCCCUUGUAAUGGUGGAGGUAAAAAAGAAGGCAGGGGAUAACCAAGAGUACGAGGACUUCUGCAACAAGGACCUGAAGCCAGGGAUGCAGCACCUUGUCCACCGUAUGGUCCGAUCUCAACGUAUGCUUACUGAUGAUGCCAAGUAGAU